AUGAUGUUCGUCGCUUUGUUCUUCCUCUUCAUCCAGUCAUGCGCUGUCGCCGAGCCUGCCAGGGCCAUCACGUACUACUCGUAAGUAAUCGAAUUCUUGUGGCUCGGAUUGGUCACUUGAAAUUAGUUGAUGGAGUUGAAAGCACCUACAAUUCGUAACUAGCCAUCGGGUUCCAGUUGUUCCAACAUCGCUUCAUAACAUGCAACUUUUUGUAGGGAAGCCUCACAAGACCACCACGACCGAUUCUUGCGUGUCGUCUACUCGAAGAACAUGCCCUUCUUCGACUCCGCCGACUUCAAACAGAACAAGUACUACAUCGUAGGCCCUAGUGUUCCGAUCGAAUACAAUCGCAUGAAAUACUACUGGAAUGAGACUUUUAUGGACUUGGAGGAGGUGUCCAAUCUCUGUGAAUAUCGCAUCAGUAUGUUGGAUGGCGAACUCGAUAAUGUGAGAGCGAAUUUAGUAGAACCGAGAAACAUUAACUUUCAGACCUUUUACCGCAAUGGCACACAAGUCAGAUCUCUGCUGUACACGUGUUCCUGGGGACAAUCCUGCAGAGGCCUGGAGUGUACUUACAACCUCCCCAGAUUCCCCUACUUCUUGAUGUAAGCCAUCGUAGUCAUCCUGUCAUGAACUCUGAUGUUUCCAGAAUCAUCUUCCUCCUCAUGUGGCUGCUUGUCUAUGCCAAAAACCGAAUGCGCAAAGAGUUCGAGGACGCAUGGCGGCUGCGAGAGAAGCUCCGUCGGCCGCUUCCACAGCUCCAGCACAACACGGUCCCUCCACGGAACCCCGAUUCGCCUCCCUCGUACAAUUCCGUGAUGAGAUGCCCGUCGCCCCCUCCCUAUGAAACCGUAGUCUCCGGAAACGUUACUUAUAUCGUUCCCUCUUUCUAA